GGAUCAGAUUCAAGAGUAUUGUGAUCUCCAGGAUGACCUCAGUCAGACACUGUCCAGAAACCUAAUGACAAUGCUGUUGAAGAAAUUGAGUUUCAACUGAACGGGAUAAAUUGUACUGUGACGAAUGUGUAUCCAGACAGAAGAGAUGCUUCGAAGAUCAGGUUAAAACAGCAAUUGCGAAAAAGAACGUUUUCUGGACUGACUUUAAAGGAUCCACUGACUUCGAGAGAGGCCUAUUGAGUAGAGGAUGGGUGAAGAAAAUCGCCCCCACCUUCAAUGAUGGUCCCAAGAAAACUGUAUUUCGUGACCCAACAUAUGGACAUAAGAUUAUAAGUCGUUAUGACAUACAACCCAACCUCAUCCUGACACGCAAAAGAAUUGAACUCCAUCUUCUGAAAGAGGAUCAGAUAACCAAUCACUUUUGCAGUGUGUACGCCACAAGCAAGAGUGGUCUGUGCAAAGUAUUAAGGCAAUGGUGUUUGUCGUGUGAUGCAAAUCCAAACACUUUCUUCCCUCGUUGCUACAUGUUUUGUAAGAAAAAUGAAAAACAAGCAUUCAUUGAUGACUUUACCAUGACUGCGGCUUGUGGUAUCCUAAAAUGGGUUUUGAGAACCAAUAGAAAGUCUUUGCAAGAUGAAGUUAUUCCCAGCCGGAAAGAAAAGGAAGAAAAAACGGCUAUUUGCAUGUCAGAUGCUAAAAUAAACAAUCAUGGCCCUGCAAGAAUUGUUCCAGAAGAUAUUAUAGUAACAGCCCUUGUGGCUUGCCAGUUUCAUCUGUACGACUUGACACAUGAGGAUGAAGACGACAUAAUAUGUGCCGGGAUAGUUGAUAGAAAACAUUUCAUAAGUGACUACUAUCAGGUUAUGCAUCAUGGUGCGCACAUACAGAAUUCAGACAAGUAUGUUGAUUACUGCCACCAAUUGUUAUGUAAGCUGAGAAGAGUGAACCCACAACUAGAUAUAGAUGGAGAAAAAAACAUCUGGAUUUCAAAACCAAGAAAUUUAUCUAGAGGAAGAGGGAUACGUUGCAGAAAUGAUCUGAAAGACAUAUGUUCCUUGGGAAGGGAAUGGGUGGUUGAAAAGUACAUAGAGAGGCCACUUCUUGUAUAUGGAACCAAAUUUGAUCUCCGUCAGCAUUUCCUCAUAACGGACUGGUACCCCUUAACUAUCUGGUUCUAUAAGCACAGUUUCCUCCGUUUCUCAUCUCAGCCCUUCACGCUGGAGAGUUUAGAUACCGCCACCCAUGUAUGUAAUUACGCCAUACAGAAAAAAUUAAAGAAUGCACCAAAUCGUCACCCCAACCUGCCUGAAGAAAACAUGUGGCACAGUGACGAAUUCAAAGAGUAUCUUUGUACAAUCGGAAAAGAGCAAGUCUGGGAUUCAAUCAUUAUACCAGGGAUGAAGAAAGCCCUCAUUCAUACAAUGAAGGCCACUCGGGAAAAUGUGAAGUACAGGAAAAACAGUUUUGACCUUUUUGGUUCAGAUUUUCUGUUUGGAGAAAACUUCCAGCCCUGGCUACUUGAGAUACAAUACAAACCUGGCAUAACCAAAGACACGUCAGUAAUGUGGAAAAUUGUUCCACCAAUGGUAGAGGACAUGCUACGUGUGGUGAUUGAUUACAAGGAUGACCCUAACUGUAAUGUGGGAGGAUUUGAACUUAUAUAUAAACAGGCAAAUUAUACUGGAAAUGGGAUUCUCAGUAAAGAAAAAACAUUUAGAGAUCUGAAGAUAACAACCAUCUCUGAUCCAUAACAGGUGGCUAGUGGGAUGAGUCUUGGAGGAAGAAAUAGUCCAACCAACCAUUUCCUUUUGAUGCCUAUUUUUUUCUGUCAUACCUUAACAUUUUUAAAAUAAAAAUUAUUUUCUUAAUCA